AUGGAGGGGUGGAACUACAAUCUGGAGUUCUUCGCGGCGCACCCGCCGCCGUUCUCCAUCACGCCCGGCUGCCUGCCGCGCAUGACGGACGCGUUCUCGCCGAGCGACGCGCGCGUGAUGGCCUGCCGGUCCUGGACGGGGUGGAAGGUCUGGGUCGUCUGCAGCCUGCUCAGGCUGUUUGGGCGCGAGAAGGAGGCCAAGAAGCUGGAGGUCGGCUUUGAGACGUUCUGCGUGCACAACAACUCCAAGACCGACCGCGACCUCACCUUUUCCACCCAGGCGCUCGUCGCGCUGGAGGCGCGGCUCGAGCCCGCCGAGCGCAAGCACUACCUGCUCGUGUGGCGCCCCAUGCCCGACGGCUGCGGGGAGCCGGUCAAGGGCGGCGCGCUGGCGGCCGUAGCGGGGGACAUGUGCUGGCGCCGCUACUGCCACACGCAGAUGGCGGGCAUCUACAGGAUGCUCUUCAACACGAGCAUCCCGGCGGUGGCGGCGAUGCGCCACGCGAUCGGCGGCGGCACGCUUAAUGCGGACGUGCUCAAGGCGGCGCAGGAGGCGGCGGCGGCGAUCGGCAGCGGCAACGCGGCCGCCAAGAGGCACGCGCCCAUGGGCGCCGUCAGCCACGUGGUGGCGCACGACUUUGCGCGCAUCCGGUGA